AAUAGCCCGUCUUAUACAGCGUCGCUACAUUUUGUGUUAAGCUUUCUUAGGGGUAGUUAGACAGACGAUAUGAGGCGUUACGUUGCUACCCUAUUUUUGCUUGCGGCGGCGCAGGCUAUGCCUGCUGUCGACAAAGAAGCAAACGAUCCUGGAUUAGUGGGUUCAGUGAUUGGGGUCGUCAAAGAGUGCGUGGAUGGGGACGUUUCCUUAUGUUUGAAGGAGAAAGCAUUGAAGUACGCCGAAAGCAUUGCGUCGUCGAGGGAGAUGAACUUGGCUGAUGGGGUUACACUUAUCGGCACUGGGUCUCCAAGGUCCGCGAGAGCCUUGGAGCCUUUGUCGGAAGAGCCUAAGGCUAGGGAGGCGCAGGUGGAGUCACGACUAGUAGACACAGCUGCAGACUUCUUGGAGAAUCAUGUCAUCCAGUUCAGGUUGCCGUCGUCUGCAGUUGAGGGCAUGAAGAGGUCACUCGAAGAAGCUCGUGGUAAGAAAAAGAAGAUUAAGCAGCUCCUCCCUCUUCUGGCACUCGCUAAAUUGAAGAUCACUGCCCUUAUCCCUCUGUUCUUGGGUAUCAUCGCCUUCGCUGCUGCUAAAGCCCUGCUCCUUGCCAAGGUUUCCCUUCUGGUCGCUGGUAUCAUUGCCUUGAAGAAACUCCUAGCGAGUAAACACCAUGAGACUAGCUACGAGGUAGUCGCUCAUCCUCACCACGAGGAACACUACGCUAGCAGUGGACAUGGCUGGGGCAGAUCAAUUGAUGAUGCUCAAAAUUUAGCGUACGCUGCUCAUAUUAAGACUGAUUAAGUCUAUAAGAUCCCUCAGGGUAGCAUUCUAGUUCCACUAUAAAUAAUGUAAAAAUAGAAUCGCGGCAGUUGUCAAUUACAAGUGUAUACUGUAUUUAUUUGAUAGGUUUAAGACUAUUUAUUUUUAAUUUAAUGUUUAACGAACGACGUCUCUUUGUAAGGGAUGAAAGAUCAGCGGGAAUAUUUGUUGUUGUUUUUAAAAAAUACUGUUCUAAGUUUGUAUGAUCCUUCCAUUGUGUUGUACUAUAUUAGUAUUUUAUUUCACACCCCAUACGGUAUCCGUAUUUGUGUAUGUAUUCCAUACAAUUUUUAUUUAUUCGAGAUGUAGUGUAUUUACUUCUUGAUUUUAUUUUGUACUAUCUAGUCCCAUUAUUUUAAGUCUUUUAUACUUAUCGGAAAAGCUUUAACCUUUUUUAUUUGAUUUAUUUCAUUAUUAAUAUGAUUUAAGAAUUAAUUGUGAUAUUUUUAUUUAAGUAUAUUAAUUAACAUUAUAAGCAUGUUAUUUUUUCACUCGUAUUUAUAUAUUUAUUAUAAUUUGUCUAAAUAUAUAUAUGUAUGUACGUUUGUAUGCAUGUAAAAUGUUAAGAGUACUAAGUUUUAUAUGUAUUUAUUUGGGUA